CCACGGGGCCCCUGUGCACUUUCGGCCUUUUCCCCCUCUCCCCCGAAGUUCCUGCCCAGUCCACCCGGGCCUAGCUUCCCCCAACACCAGUGCAGGCCCGAGUGAGAGGUUCCGGAGCCCGGGUGCGGGCGGGAUUCCGGCGUGGACGCUGCGGGCCAUCCCGCCCCAGGCCGCUCCGCACUGCCUCGGGAGCUUCAGCUGCCCCAUGGCGAAGAAAGUUUGGCACCAAAAAGCAUUUCCCUUAACUUCACACAGCAGCGACGGCUAAGCUGCAAAUGAAGUCCUAGGAUCUGGACUCCUCAUCUGUGUUCCUCUCUAGACCAUGUUACAAAAUAAAUGAGUAGUAGGGGCGCCUGGGUGGCUCAGUCAUUAAACAUCCAACUCUUGAUCUUGGCUCAAGUCAUGAUCUCGUGGGUGGUGGGAUGGAGCCACUGCCCCACCAAGGGCUCUGCAGUGACAGCAUGGAGCCUGCUUGGGAUUCCUUCUCUCCUUCUCUCUCUGCCCUUCCCUGCUCUUGUUCCAUCACUCUCUCUCUCUCUCUCUCAAAAUAAAUAAGUAAACUUAAUAAUAAAUGAGUAGUUACUUUGAUGCUACUCAUAAAACAAGGGAGUAAACCAAAUGUUCUGUGAACAUCAAAUGUUAAAUCCUAAUAACCUUCAAUGUCUUCUUUGGGAGGCUCAGCUGCCCUUUGGAGUUUAAUACCUUACAGAGAGGACGGGGUGGAGCAAAAAAAUGGAAGAUAAGGUCAAGGGAAAAAUUUUGUCUUGAGUCCAAACUGUGCCCACCUUUACUGCCUCUUUGUGUUGAUGUCAUCCUUUUCAGUGUACUCCAUGUUCUGGCAAAACACCCCACAGCCCACAGCCCAGGCUUAGCUGUAUUAACUACACCUUUGCAUUGCUCUUUUGGCGCCGACCUCCCUGUCAGUCUUCUUGUCAUGCUCUUUCCUCCAGGUGCUCUUUACUAACGCUGCUAUGUGAUAACCAAUGGUGGUUGUUCAAUAUGGAAUGAUUUGUCAUUCCUGAAGGACGAUUCUAAAGUUAAUGAUCAAAAACUACCAACAGGUCUUAGAUGAAAGGACAAGUUAAAGAAGUACAAGAAACUAUUGUGGAAUUUGAAAGUGGAGUUAUUUGACUAGGGAAAAAAAGCAGACAUUGACUCCCCACCCUCCCUUCCUCCAACUCACUCAUCACUGUUCCACAGAUAAGAAUUUCAAGAAAAUCAGAUGGCAUCCGGGGAUUUCUGCUCACCUGGAGAAGGAAUGGAAAUACUCCAACAAGUGUGCAGCAAACAGCUUCCUCCUUGUAACCUGAGUGAAAAGGACCUGUUACAAAACCCACACUUCAGCAAGCUGCUGCUGAGUCUCGCACAACACGUAGACGAGAGUGGCUUAAGCCUCACCCUGGCAAAGGAGCAGGCUCAGGCAUGGAAGGAAGUUCGACUGCAUAAAACAACAUGGUUGAGGUCUGAGAUUUUACAGAGAGUCAUUCAAGAGCUGCUUGUGGACUACUAUGUGAAGACACAAGACACAAAUUUAACUUCUGAAGACAAAAAGUUUCACGAGACCCUUGAACAGCGGCUACUCGUGACUGAACUGACGGGGCUGUUAGGGCCCAGCCGGGAGAAGGAAAUGCCUCCGCUGCUAGGGCUGGAGAAAGCCGACCUUCUGGAGCUCAUGCCCCCCUCAGAGGAUUUUGUGUGGAUGAGAGCUCGGCUCCCGCUGGAAGUAGAGGAGCAGCUCAAGAAGAAAUGUUUCACCCUGCUGUGCUACCAUGACCCCAAUUCAGAUUCAGACAGUGAAACCUUGAAGGCGGCAAAGGUGUGGAAACUGGCAGAGAUCCUGGUGGGUGAGAAGCAGCAAUGCCAGGAUGCCAAGAGCCAGCAGCAGGAGCAGAUGGUGCUGCUGGAGAAGAAGAGUGCCACCUACUCCCAGGUGCUUCUCCGCUGCCUAGCCUUGCUGCAGAGGCUUCUUCAAGAGCACCGGCUUAAGACUCAGUCUGAGCUGGACCGCAUCAAUGCUCAGUACCUAGAGAUCAAGUGCAGUGCCAUGAUCCUUAAGCUGAGGAUGGAGGAGCUAAAGAUCUUAUCUGACACUUACACUACUGAGAAAGUGGAAGUUCAUCGUCUCAUUAGGGACCGUUUGGAGGGGGCCAUCUGCCUACAAGAGCAGGACAUGGAGAAGUCCCGACAGGUCCUGAGCACCUAUGAGGUCCUUGGGGAGGAGUUUGACAGGCUGGUAAAAGAGUACACUCAACUCAAGCAGGCAACUGAGAACAAGCGCUGGGCCCUCCAAGAGUUUAACAAGGCCUGCCGCUGAGCCCUGGCUGGUGGGGGUCUGGAGGUGGACUUCUGCUCCGGUGCUGCCUCCCCCUCCUGCCAAAAGGACCACCUCCACCUGAGGCCCACCUUCACUCCGGAAGUGUGGGGACACUUGCUUGAAGCCCUGCAGUGGUUUAGGCACCGUCCUGGUUUUUCUUCCUUGUUUACAGUGACUGAGUCUCUUCUGGGAAAUGUAACAGAUUUAUAUAAUUUUAUGUGCAACUAUUUGUCAGUGUCAGCCCUAUAGGAUAUUUGAUUACCUCCUGAAUAAAGUGAUGAUGCUUC